AUGUCAGACAUUAAAGUAAUUUCAUCACAAUUGGCCAAGUUAGGCCUCGAAAACCCAACAGCUGUCGAAGGAUCAUACCCCAACCAUAACGUCCUCGACUUAUUGAGAAACUAUAUUACCGAUGAGUUGCACCAGUUGUCCAGUGUUGAUAAGAGAAUUAUCUUUGAAAGUUUGGAUAUCCCAAGUACUUUGGACAAAGGUGACUUGAUCAUCCCAGUUCCAAGAUUGAGAUUAAAGGGUAUUAACCCUAAGGACAAGGCUGCUGAAUGGGCAUCUGCCUUUAACAAAGGAAAGUACUUGAAGGAGAUAAAAGCUGAAGGUCCUUUCUUACAAUUCUUCAUAGAUAACCUGUUGUUAUACAAGCUACUUAUAAAGGAUACUUUAGAAAGAAAGUCUUCAUACGGUUCUUUACCUGUUGGUUUAGGCAAGAAGAUUAUUGUUGAGUUCUCUUCUCCAAAUAUUGCUAAACCAUUCCAUGCUGGUCAUUUAAGAUCCACAAUUAUUGGAGGUUUUAUUGCCAACUUAUACGAAACUUUUGGAUGGAAUGUCACUAGAAUCAACUACUUGGGUGACUGGGGAAAGCAAUUUGGUCUUUUAGCCGUUGGGUUCGACAAGUACGGAUCUCAAGAAGCAUUGGACAAUGACCCAAUUAAUCACUUAUUUGACGUUUACGUGAAAAUCAACAAGGAUGUUGUUGAGGAAGGUGAAGAUUCGGAGAUCAACAACAAGGCUAGAGAGUUCUUCAGGAAAUUAGAAGACGAUGACCAGGAUGCCAUAAGCUUAUGGAAAAAAUUCAGAGAAUUGUCUAUUAAAAAGUACAUUGAAACCUACAACCGUCUCAACAUCAAGUUCGAUGUCUACUCCGGUGAGUCUCAAGUGUCGAAAGAUAUCAUUAAAAAGGUGUCUGACAUUUUUGAAGAAAGAGGUUUAUUAUACGAAGACAAAGGUGCCAAAUUAAUUGACUUGACCAAAUACAACAAGAAGUUGGGUAAAUGUUUGAUUCAAAAGUCUGAUGGUACCUCCAUAUACUUGACCCGUGAUGUAGGUGAAGCUAUCAAGCGUUAUGAAACAUACAAGUUUGACAAGAUGAUUUAUGUCAUUGCCUGUCAACAGGACUUGCACGUUGCCCAGUUCUUUGAGAUAUUGAAACAAAUGGGAUUCAGUUGGUCUAAGGACUUGCUUCACGUUAACUUCGGUAUGGUCCUCGGAAUGUCCACCAGAAAGGGUACUGUGGUGUUUUUGGACAACAUUUUGGAAGAAACCAAGGAGAAGAUGCAUGAGGUGAUGAAGAAGAAUGAAGGAAAAUAUGCUCAGAUCGAAAACCCUGAUGAGAUUGCCGACUUGGUGGGAAUAUCUGCCGUCAUGGUUCAAGACUUCCAAAGUAAGAGAAUUAAUAACUACGAAUUCAAGUGGGACAGAAUGACUUCAUUUGAAGGUGACACCGGUCCCUAUUUGCAGUAUGCUCAUUCUCGUUUGAUGUCUGUGCAAAGAAAGUCUGGUUUCGAGGAGUCUGAGUUGCUCAAUGCUAACUACGACUUGUUAACGGAAGAAUGUGCCACCAAUUUGAUCAGGGUGAUUGCACAAUACCCAGAAACCUUGAACAAGGCGCUUAAGACCCAUGAGGCAUCUGCUGUGGUGACUUAUUUGUUUAACUUGAGUCAUAUUGUUUCUACCUGUUAUGACAUAUUGUGGGUUGCUGGUCAAGAAAAGGAAUUGGCAGUGGCUAGAUUGGCAUUAUACGCUUCUGCCAGACAAGUGUUGAACAACGGUAUGAAGUUGUUGGGAUUGACACCUGUUGAAAGAAUGUAG